AUGGAAGACGAUGACUCUGCUUCAUCUCGGGAUUUGGAUGCACAGAACCCUUAUGAUCGAUUGAGUACCGUAGCUUCAAAUUGUAACUUGGAUUCAGUUUCUGCCAUUUAUCUAGCAAUGAAGAGCUCAAAGCUGGAAUGCGACGACGAACGCGGCCAAGACUCCUUGAUAACCUCUGUUUGCAUGGAGGAUGAAGAAGAAGAUGAGGAACUCGACGAGUUUGAUCCUUACCUGUUCAUCAAGAACCUACCCAACUUGUCCUCUGUUGUCCCGACUUUCAGGCCGGUCUUGCUCCCUAAACAGACCCGAAGCUGCCCUCCUAUUUCUCUUGUCCUAGACCUCGACGAGACUCUUGUGCACUCGUCUCUAGAGCCCUGUGAUGAGGUGGAUUUUACAUUCCCUGUACAUUUUAAUGAAGAGGAACAUAUGGUUUAUGUGCGGUGCCGUCCUCACCUGAAGGAGUUUAUGGAGAGAGUGUCUCGUCUCUUUGAGAUCAUAAUAUUCACAGCUAGCCAAAGUAUUUAUGCUGAGCAGCUUCUGAAUGUGCUUGACCCUAAGAGGAAGCUCUUUCGCCAUAGAGUGUACCGUGACUCUUGUGUUUUCUUUGACGGUAACUACCUAAAGGAUUUGUCAGUCCUCGGUCGUGAUUUGUCUCGUGUUAUCAUCGUCGAUAACUCCCCACAGGCAUUUGGGUUCCAAGUGGAGAAUGGGGUGCCAAUAGAGAGCUGGUUUAAUGACCCUGCAGAUAAAGAGCUCCUUCACUUGCUCCCGUUUCUUGAAAGCUUAAUCGGAGCUGAAGAUGUAAGGCCGAUGAUCGCCAAGAAGUAUAAUCUAAAGGAGAAGGUUGAUGCGGCUGUGGCUGCACCUGAGUAUCCUGCAGACGUAGGAGAUCCUUUCGAAAGGUAA